AUGGGMUCAAAAAUUAACGAUAAAAGGGAAUCUUUAUGGCAGGACAGAGACGUGCGUUUUGAUGUACCGCUUAAUGAAUUAAAAUUAAGAAAUGGUGAGCGAAUAGUCGAGUACUUCUCCAAAAUAGAAGACACGAAAGGAAACGCCGGCGAAGAGGGAAAGGUAACGAUAACUAACUUAAGACUUAUAUGGCAAUCAAAAAUUAAGCCAAGAAUUAAUUUAUCGGUUGGAUUGGGAUGUGUGUCGAGUCUAACCAACCGAACCAUUCAUACGAAACUUCGCGGCAAACACGAGGCUCUAUAUAUAAUGACAAAAGUUAAUGGCACGCGAUAUGAGUUCAUAUUUACACAAUUGGACCUCGAAUUGGGCACUCAGUUCGGUAUUGUUCAGCUCAUCAGCAAAGUGUGUCGGGCCUACACAUCAACCAAAUUGUUUCGGGAUCUUAAACUCAGGUCAGCUGUCAUUACACCAAAUAGUAAACAGCUUAAGGUAUUGUCAUCGGAGACAAUCUAUAACAAGAUUGAUGGUGUUUGGAACCUGUCCAGUGACCAGGGCAAUCUGGGCACAAUGCACUUGACAAGUGUCCGGGUCGUAUGGCACGCAAAUAUGAACGAACUCUUUAAUAUUUCCUUACCGUAUAUCCAGAUAAGUAAUAUUAAAGUAAGAGAAAGCAAGUUUGGAGUCGCACUCGUCAUUGAAUCAACCGAUAGCAGUGGUGGUUAUGUGUUGGGCUUCCGUAUUGAUCCAUCCGAUCGGAUGAAUGCUGUCUACAGUGAACUCAUCAAUUUGUUUACCAUUCAUUCAACUAAACCAGAUUUGGGAGUCGAUAGCUAUCUAGAAAUGGGAUCAAGUCUUGCGUUCAACGAUCACGAGUCUAACGCUGCACUCAUAACCACAAGUGAUUCCGAUCUCAAAGAGAUUGAUGACCAACACGUCGCUCAUCAGAGUGAUGCCAUCGCUGCCUAUUUGGCUGAUGAGGCGCAGUCCAAAAAUAAUGAGAUAGUCUAUUGUCCGCAAUUAGGAUUAGCCAUCGAAAAGAUCAAAGAAGGAUUCACAUUAGAGUCCUUGUGGCAAGUUAUUCCUCAGGGGUAGAUUUCAACAUCAAUUAUGCAAAACAAAAAAAAUGUUAAUUA